AUGGACGCUAAGGAGGCAAAAGAAGAAGAGGGGGAGAGUGCAGGGGUGGGAAGCAAACCACAAGUACAGUUGCGCCUAGAUCUUCAAAGGGCUAGAGGGCAGUGCGAGAGUCCCCGUAGCAGCAUCAGCGAUGGGAACAGCAUCAGUAGCAGGGAACUGCAGCCUGAACAUUCCAUUUCAGCGGUAACGGAGCUUCAACUCGGCGUCGUGGGUAAAACCACGAGGUCUCAGGACACGGCGCUGCCGCCAGGUGUACCCCAGGCACAGCUUAAGGUCUUCGUUACACCAAAGCCUUGCGCUGCAAAACAGCAGCUGGACCUAAGUGCAGUUGGCGGGAAUUCACAUGAAGAAAACGUAUUCGGUUUGACAGCUGCGCCAAAUCUCGAGAAUGCUCAGUCCAUACCGCGUUUCCUUGCGGACUAUUCGGCAGAUUUACCAGGUGCCAUCCUUUCCUCCGGCCAAGCCUCGGUUGACCCGUGCGAGGGCGCGUACCAGGAGCACUCGUCACAGGGCGAGCCGGAAAAGGCGGGUACAAUAGAGGCCAUCAAAAGGUCCCUGAUCUUUAACCUCGACUGGAGCCAAGCAUACAGCGUAGCCGCUCAAGCAGACGAGGAAACAUCAGCAGAGCACGAUGCAAAUCGUGUGGUGCGAGAGUUGCUACUGCGAGAGCAGCGUGAUCUAAUGCAGAUGGAGAGUGUGCUUCAGAGGGAAGAUCUGAGGCGCGAGCUUGCGGUGCUGAACCAGGUGCUGCGUGGUUGGGAUAAGGUCGAAGCUUUAGACAAACAGCUCGAAGCCGCUGAAAGGAGGCUGGAAGAGGUUGAAGCAGCAGUUCUCGCUGUGAGGACUCAACUGAGGUACAACCACAUUCAGCUAGCUGCUGCAAAGACCGAAGUUGCACAGAUCACCGCGGCACGCGGCGCAGGGACGCUGAGCAGAUAUAAUAGGGGGCACAGAGAGAAUGGCUGUGUAGCCUCAAGGGCCGACCUCUUCUUAGGUCGUGACAACAGCUGGGUGGACUUCAUGAUUCUUGAUGUUUUCGCUGCUGCAGAGACAGCUGUACAGAAGCAUAGGCUUCAUGCCUCUUGUUCCCUACCGAUUGGCAGAGCUCCUAUCUCCUCAUCCGUUCCUCAUGAGUCUUCCCUUCCUUCACAAGGGUGCAUUGUAGGGUCAGUGUCCCCCGACCUGAGCUCGCCAUAUGUGGAUUCAGGUCUUGAAACGCGAGUGCCACGUGGCGGCUCUCCCUUACAGCGGCUGCAGCCGGUGCGACGCCUGCAGCGUGCAGCGGGGACCUUCAGGCUCUCAAAGGCUCCAAGAAACCUGCGGCGGCGGUUGCAGCAAGCAGCAACAGCUGCUAGUGCUGCGUCUGUUGGGGCAACGCAAGCCUCCGACUGUUGCGACCAAGGGCACGUAGUGCGUGAGCGGGGAACCAGGCUCCUGCGUGCGUCAGUAGCGGGACCUGUGGCACCAGCAGCAGCAGUAAGAGAAGGCGUACCCACGUCAGUAGUUUCGACGAUACGUGGGCAGACAGCUUCUAAAACCGAUGCAGGAACACCUGCAUCCUCACAAGCAGCAACAACACCAGCAGAAAUAGGGUUCUGGCGGGUUGUUACUAGGCGUAGAAAGCAUCGUAGAGACUCUGGCUUUAAAAGAUACAAUUGUGGCCGAAGUGCCCUAGCAUGCAACGCCCCGCAACCGGCAUACUCCUCAGAAGGUGCUAUAACAACAGCGCAAGAAGACACAGCAGCGCUUUGCAGCACCACUCACGCUGAAGAUGAAAGGGUAGAGGCUGGACCAAAACAAUGCUAUUCAAAUGGGUGCCACUCAAUGGAGGCCACUGCUGCACCCACACUCGCAGGCGACCCCUCAACUGCCUUCGUGUGGGUUGAAAUCCCGCACUCUGAAGAGGCUCUGGAAGAGCUACUAGCAAUAGACAAAAGGCUGGAAGAGCUAGCUAGCCAGAUGGCUGCCCAGCAGGUCGUCUGGAACGUACAGCUGGCAUCGUCUACAUUUCAGGAGCUACCUGAAUCCACUCCAAAACCAGUGGGAGAGCAGCCGGCAGCCCUCCUGGAUAUCCCAAUUAAGAAUGGUCCUGUGGUAUCGCGCGCCUCAGAGGGGCAUUUUGAAUCAGAAUGGACCAUGCAACAUGAGGUAAACUAUCCAGCACAGACGAAUGCAUCGGCUAAAGGCGGCGAAACCUCAUUUUCUUCCUCAUGCCAUUUGCUGCAAAGCAUCGAUGCAGCAGAUGUACCUAGGGCAGCGAGAAAGGCGUGA